UUCAGUUCACAAACACUACCUUCCAUGUUGGCGCUAUAGAAAGUGAGCGAAAAGCUUGAAGAUGAUGAAGAGGAAAAGAGAAGACCAAGAUUGUAUGGAUAUCGUAUGGCAAACACCUGCAAAUCCUCCGCUACCGCAAGACUACAUCUUCCGUAACGGAAUUCGAUACGUUAGACCUUACUACUUCGAAUUUAUCGCUCAUGUUAAAAAUCGAUGGGCGGGAAAAACUAUCGUAGAUUUGUUCGCUGAAGAAUUUAAAGGUCGACCUUAUGAUUAUUAUGUUAGUGCGGUGAAAUGUGGAAGAAUUCAAGUUGAUGGCGAAAUGGUGCCGGUUUCGUAUGUAGUUAAGUCAUCUCAAAAGAUAAGCCAUUUUUUACACAGGCAUGAACCACCUGUGAUGGCUUGUGAGGUUCCUAUUCUUUUAAAAGAACCGGAUGUGCUAACUGUUUGUAAGCCGGCAUCUGUCCCGGUUCAUCCAUGCGGUCAAUAUCGUAAGAACACUGUUGUUGGCAUUCUUCAAGCAGAGCAUGGGCUGGCUCCUGUGUUUCCUAUCCAUCGACUGGAUCGCCUUGUCUCAGGACUCCUUAUUAUGGCCAGAAAUGCUUCAAAAGCUGACAGUUUUAGGCAAGAGAUUGAAGCUGGCUUAGUCAAGAAACAGUAUAUUGCAAAAGUAGUUGGCGAGUUUCCGGAGAAUGAGCUAAUUGUUGAUGCCAAUAUAGACUAUAAUGCUCGAGAAGGAAGGAGCACAGCAGAGGUCAGAGACUCUGCAAAGGGGAAGGUCGCCUCUACAAAAUUUACUCGAAUUAGUUGCAACGGUACUCAUAGUAUUGUUUUAUGUGAACCAGUCAGUGGCCGCACUCAUCAGAUACGCGUUCAUUUACAGUAUUCUGGACACCCGAUAGCGAAUGACAUGCUGUACAUUUCAGAACAACCUGUUGAUCGAUCUAUUAGUGGAUCAGCUGCUGAUAGAUCAUCUCGCAUAUCAAAUGCUUCUUUAACAUCAAAUUUUGAUGAAAAUGUGCCCAAUGAAUGUCACGAAAACUCCAAUGAGGAUUUUGGUUUUGAUUCCAUGUGUACGAACUGUCCAAAUUUGGCACCAAAAGGAUAUGAUGGUGAUGAAGAAGGUUUGUGGCUACAUUGUAUGAAGUACUCCGGACCUGGAUGGACGUAUGAAUGCCCGUAUCCUGAUUGGGCGAAACUUUAGCUAGAUACAGCUAAUUUUUAUAGGGCCCUGCAAACAAAAAUACAACAACUCUUUAAAGAUGACCAUAUAUUUUGUUGGUCCACGUGUACUCAAUUUUGAUCAAACCAUAAACUUGAAUGCAUUGCAUUUGUUGAGAGGUAACGGGUGGAACACAGAAGCCAAGUUUUAUUAAGGAAUAUGUUGUAACAGGUGCCUACACUCUUAAAUUUAUUUAUCGACCAAUUUAUAAAACAGG